AUGUUUUUAAAGGAAUUUGGUUUCGUUGCUGUUUUCGCAUCGCUUUCCUUAACUCAAGCAUUCCCAUUUGAAGAGGAGACACAGACAGAUGGAGUCGAAUCAGAUGUCGAUACAGUUGAUGUAAGCAGUGAAUAUAUUAUUUUACGAAAAAGGAAAGGCGAGAAAAAGGGCACAAUGGAUCACUGUGAAUAUCUGCAUCAAUUGGGCAUUUAUACACCAGAAUGUGAAGUCAGAGGAUUCACCGCGCCAACCGACCCAACCACAACCACCACAACGACAACACCCGCUCCACCACCGAUGUGCACUCGGAAAUUCUUUCAAGAUCGUUGCCGUUUCCAUCCACAAUGCGGUCAAAGUGGAAUGAUGUGUCGUGAUGUGGCGAAUAAUCUGUGCUGUAAGCCAAGUGACGAUGUUUGUCCGACACAAGAGCAAUUGGGAAUCAUUUGCAGUAAAGUGGCCAGAUUGGUUUCCUGGUGCUCAACCGACUCUCAUUGUACUCGGGGCACAAAAUGUUGCCCAUCCGGUUGUGGAUAUAAUAUUUGUGUU